UCUUUUUUCUUUAAAGAGCUCAAAACUGACCAAUGAUGAGCUUGAUGUUUGGCAAAUUUCAAGUAAUUUUAAGAACGUACAUUUAAAAAAGAGCCGAGUACGUUUUUUAUUGUGUUGCACAGCGUAGCAAACUUCGAUAUUAAAAUUUUAAAUAUUUUUCCAGACAGGUAACAUGGUUAAACGUAAAGCAAGAAAAGUUAAGAAUGUGGAUCCACUUACUCAAGCAAAGAUUGAAAGCAUUUCAAUACUACUUAAUGCAUUCAAAGCUGAAGCUACUAAUUUCGAAAAUUAUAUGAACAGUAUAUGUGCUGAACGAUGCUGUAAAAUUGAGAAACUUUAUAUGGACCGUUUAAAGAUGUAUCCAGAAAACAUUAGAAAUAUGACUAUAGCUGAAGUGAUGGAAAUGCAACAGAAAGAAAAAGUUCGUGAAACUGAAUGUCCGAGAAAUGAAAAUGCAUUCCGUAUGCAGCAUGAAAGAACGAAAUUGACAUCUGAGAGAAAAAGAACUCAAAGGAAAGAGAAAAAAAGAAGCAUUAGUGUUCCAGUUUCUGCAAGGAAUAAUCCUAAUAUGUCCCAUUUAACUCGAACUGGAAGUGAGUUAUCAUUAUUGACACCUGCAAAACAGAGGAGACCAAGCACAAUUAUAACUCCAAAAUUUGAUCCAAAGCGUCCUGUUUUUGGAGCAAGAAAACCAAAGCCUGGUGAAGUUGUGAUGUCUCUAUCUGGUAGUCCUCUUCAAAUUGUUAUGAAUGAUUUGCCUUCUGACAAACCUGCAAUCACACUAUCUUUUGGAGAAGGAAAGUUUCUAAAUCUUGGCAAUGCUGCUAAAAUUGACUCGGAUAAAGAAUUUCUAAAAUCUAUUGAUGAGACCACAAAGAAUGCUAUUCAAAAUGCUAUGCAAAAAUUGGAUCAGAUUUUGAAAAACAGUGAAGCUUAAUGUUUUAUUUAUUCAUAUCCUUGUCCAGUGUUUUAUGAAAAUGUUUCUUAUGUCUUAAGAUUUUUAUUAUGAUGUUUCUUAUGUCUUUAAAUAAAAUGUC